CUUUAACUGAGUCGGUGCCGCCUGUCGGUCAGAUCAGCUGAUCACCUCAUUGCAAAGACCAAAACAGCUAACGCCAGCCUUAUGUAGCUGGUGGCAAAAGUUAUGACAGGACGUGACCAUUUGAUCGUUUUUGAUGAGAUUUUGGCUCUAGAGAGGAACUGAGAGUCUAUCUUCAAACCAGGCUAACAGUUUCAACUGUGAACGAACUAUGCCUUAUCUCUGAGGAUGGGAGGAAGUGGAUCCAAAGCCAAAGGGGUCUGGCCUUUCUCAGGCAGUGGAGCUGGAGGGGAUUCACCUAGUGAUGGGAACGAGCAGUCUGUGGCCCGUCUCAAAGGCUCCAGAAAUGCAACACCAUUUGUUUUUACCAGAAGGAGCUCUUUGUACUACGAUGAAGACGGGGAUCUCGCCCAUGAAUUCUAUGAAGAGACAGUGGUGACAAAAAAUGGCAGAAAAAAGUCAAAGUUGAAGAGGAUCCAGAAAAAUCUGAUCCCACAGGGGAUUGUGAAGCUGGACCACCCCUGUAUUCAUGUAGAUUUCCCCAUUGUUCUCUGUGAGGUGUGAACAGCUGCACAGGACUGAUAUAAGUGCAGCCACAGGUACACGUCUCAGAGCCAAGUCUUGAGCUGGUCUACAUGCAUCAUCAAGAAUGGAGCCAUGAUUUUAAGAAGAAGGAAAAUUCAAUCUGACAUUAAACUGAUGAAUGAAAUGUUAUACAUUUGAAUUCAACGAUGGUCAGAGGUGGCUCUGUUCAAAAAUCCUAACUUGAUAUUCACAAACAUAGUGAUGGUACAGGUCAUGUUUUCCACUACCCAGCUGAAAUGUACGCAGUCAUAGAGAAUACAUCAAGUGCUGUAUCUCUCUUUUAGCUCCUUUGCAGGGAAAAAGCAUCCUUGAUGUGUAAAGGCUUUAAAGGUUUAUGCCUUCUGUGAGACAUAUAGUGAAACUGUAUGUGUCUACGUAUGACGUGUGCACUUAGGUUUGUUCAAGUGAGUGUGUGCAAGAGGGAUUGAAGAUGUUCUUACAGGGUGGAGUAAUGAAGGGUUGUGAAAUUUAUUGUAUAUAUGGUCAUGUUCUGUAUUGUCAAGUCUGAGUCUGUCCUCGUUAAGCUCAGACCUGCACUAGUGAACAUAAGGUACUGUAAAUACUUUCAGAUUUCUUAGUUGGAAAUACUUGAAUAAAUGGUUUACUGAGCUGAA